CUGAUUUGCAUUAAGAGCAGUGAAAGUUCAGAGAGCGGCAGAAGGAGGAGCAGCUGACUUCAGGAUCCAGGGUCUUCAUGAACACUAGGCUGCUUUGAGCCCGUUAACUGGAGCUUCAUCUCGCCAGAAGGGAAGAGCACAAAAUGUUGCCCAAUCAAAAACUAUCCUACUGCACUGGCAUCUUAUUGGUGUUGUUAAAACUGGUCCAUACCCAGUAUGAGUACCUCGAAUACCCACUGGGCUAUCCCAACCCUGAACAGGAACAGUACACCCCCCCAGUCCUGGCUCCAGAUACUCCCAGGAUUCAGCUCCGACUAGCGGGACAUAAGAGGAAGCAUAAUGAGGGUCGAGUGGAAGUUUACUACAACGGUACGUGGGGUACUGUCUGCGACGAUGACUUCAGUAUCCAUGCUGCCCAGGUGGUGUGCAAGGAACUGGGCUACCAGGAAGCCGUCUCAUGGGUGCCAUCUUCAAAAUAUGGGAAAGGAGAAGGACCCAUCUGGUUUGACAAUCUUCAAUGCACUGGGAAAGAGAGGACGUUGGCUCUGUGUCCAUCCAACGGGAUUGGUGUUUCAGACUGCAAACACACUGAAGAUGUAGGCGUAGUCUGCAGUGACAGGAGGAUCCCUGGAUUUAGAUUUGUUAACACAUUGCCCAAUCAUGUGGAGAACCUUGAUAUUCAUGUGGAGGAUGUACGCAUACGAGCCAUCCUGUCUUCGUACCGUAAACAGAUCCCUGUGACAGAGGGCUACGUCGAGGUAAAAGAUGGCGGCAAAUGGAAGCAGAUCUGCAACACAAAGUGGAACCAGUUUAACAGCAGAGUUAUCUGUGGCAUGUUUGGCUUCCCAGGGGAGAGGAAGUUCAACGCCAGAGUCUACAAGAUGUUUGCUCGCAGAAGGAAGCCAACGUACUGGGACUUUUCCGUCAACUGCACCGGCAGUGAAGCCCACUUGUCCAGCUGUAAACUGGGACAGAUCUUAGCGUUGUCCAAUGAGACGUGUGCUGGAGGAAUGCCUGUGGUGGUGAGCUGUGUGCCUGGUAGAGCCUUCGCCCCUACGCCCAUGACAGGAUAUAGGAAGGCCUUCAGACAAGAGCAACCAUUGGUUCGCCUCCGUGGUGGAGCCAUCGUGGGUGAGGGCCGAGUGGAGAUACUGAAAAAUGGAGAAUGGGGCACCAUAUGUGAUGACAAAUGGAACCUACUGUCUGCCACUGUGGUGUGUCGCGAGCUGGGCUUUGGUUCAGCUAAGGAAGCACUGUCUGGAGGACAACUUGGACAAGGUAUGGGGCCCGUGCAUAUGAAUGAAGUGCAGUGCUCAGGAUUUGAGAAGUCCAUAACUGAGUGUUCCUUAAACAAGGAGGCUCUUGGCUGCAGCCAUGAGGAGGAUGCAGCCGUCAGAUGUAACGUUCCAGCCAUGGGCUUCGAGCAGAGGCUGCGUCUGAGAGGUGGCCGUAACCCCUUCGAAGGCCGUGUGGAGGUGUUGGUGGAGAGGAACGGCUCUUUGGUGUGGGGGACAGUAUGCAGUGAGGGCUGGGGAACCAUGGAGGCCAUGGUGGUCUGCAGACAGUUAGGCCUGGGCUUUGCUAGCAGUGCCUUCCAGGAGACGUGGCAUUGGCCAGGUGAGGUUAGUGCUGACAAUGUGGUGAUGAGUGGCGUUCGCUGCUCUGGAACUGAGAUGUCUCUGUCUCACUGUCUGCACCACGGAGCCCACCUCAGUUGCCCCAGAGGAGGGGGAAGCAGCGCCGCUGGAGUCUCCUGCUCUGAAACGGCUCCUGACCUGGUGUUGAACCCUCAGGUGGUGGAGCAGACCACCUACAUGGAGGACCGCCCAAUGUUCAUGCUGCAGUGUGCAUAUGAGGAGAACUGUCUGGCCUCAACUUCCGACCGGACGCCAAGCAACUCGUUCCGCCGCUUGCUGCGCUUCUCCUCCCAGAUUCACAACAACGGCCAGUCCGACUUCAAACCUAAAGCUGCCAAGCACCUGUGGGUGUGGCACGACUGUCACAGGCAUUAUCACAGCAUGGAGGUGUUCACUACGUAUGACCUAUUGACCCUAAAUGGAACCAGAGUGGCAGAGGGACACAAAGCAAGUUUCUGCCUGGAGGACUCAGAAUGUGAUGAAGGUAUUGAAAAGAAGUAUGAAUGUGCUAACUUUGGAGAGCAAGGCAUCACUGUGGGCUGUUGGGAUACCUACAGGCACGACAUUGACUGUCAGUGGGUUGACAUCACCGAUGUCAAACCUGGGGAUUACAUUUUUCAGAUCAUUAUUAACCCUAAUUAUGAAGUGCCAGAAUCAGACUACACCAACAACGUCACCAAAUGCAGAUGUCGAUACGAUGGUCAUCGUGUGUGGAUGUACAGCUGCCAUAAUGGUGGCUCAUUGAGCUCUGAAACAGAGAUGACGUUUCCAGGCCUGCUAAACAACCAGGUGACCCACUGGUAGAAAUGAAGGACUGGAGUCAAGAGGCAAUCCCCUCCAUUGGAAGGAGUACUACCAACCACUAUCCAUUCCAUCUGUGCUGGAUUAUUUUUCCUGUCCCUGAAUAAAUCAUCUCAUCUUAUCAGCAUCUUUUUUUCUUUACCCUCCUGCCAACUCUCAGCACAGAAUGUGUGAUUACCUCCUCUGUCCAGGCUGAGGCAGCAGGAACUUUACAAAACACUUCCAAACUCCUUGUGGUGAUCAAGGGAAUGAUGAAGCUUUGUGUAGAUCUGUUACUGAGAGACUAUUUCGUUUAUUGUGUGAUUAAAUAAACAUCCAGGUUAGUGACAGGUAUUUUAAGGAACCUCAUUAAAACUUGUCUUGAUGGAAGUGCAGCACUUUGAAAAGAACCCAACUGUAGAGCCUGGUGUUUUUGUACAAGGAUGUCCCUGUAGACUUUGGAAUUCUGCAACGAAUCAAUGAAGGGCUGCUUGUGGAAUAAGAGGCUCUUUGCUUUGUAUUCAUUUGAUCAGACUUUUAAUGUCUAAAGUCUAUUCAUCACUAUUUCUAAGUGAUAGUUGCUUGAACUGCAACAUCCCCAACAGGACAUAAAGAUCAGUUCUGAAGUAUUGGGAGCAUUUGCUCUACUUUCUCCUUGGCAGACUCAGUAGACUUCCCUUAAUUUAAAAAGAAGAAUUACUCAACAAUCCAUCAGGGGCACUUUUUUGUUAUAAAUAUUAAAUAUAUAUAACAAAUAUAUUUGUUAAAAUUUGAAAGCACUGUCAUAUUGAUAUAAAAGUGCAAGAAAUGUGAGUGAAUCCCUUGUUCCCUUCUAUCAAUAAUUUGUCACUCGUUCUUUGUGCUUCUCCUAAACAUCCAUCAAAUUGACUUUUAGGAAAUCGUCAAGGAUGUCAAAAGGACAACACUUACCAAGAGAAAAUGUAAAAUUAGGAAUCAUAAGUUAGCGUUACAAAGAGAGUCAUUGACCGAGCAGAUUUCUUACCUUCCAGGCAGAUUGUAACCGUAUGUUAGACACACUUGAUGGUUUUAGUCACAGAGGGAUUAUAAUUUUUUGAAAUAAAUGUUCAGAAAUUGCCUAUAGUUCUUCAUCGUGUUGGAGUUUAUUCAGCACUAUGAGCUUCUGUUUUGGUUGACAUUAGCUAUAUAUUCAUACAGCGUUUAGAAAAUGUCCUGGCCAUGGGCAUGUUAGAGCUCAGUUGAAUCAGCUAACUCCGGUGACCUGACCGAACUGAAUUAUUGAAUUACUGAAUUAUUCACCUUCACUGACCAAGAUACAACAUUCUCCAUGUUUCUAAGUUUUACUUGCUUCACAAGUCGGCAAGUCAGAAACCAGUGGGAUUUGCUAACUGUUGUUAUUCUACUAGUAGUAAUACAAACUAACAGUGUAAUUAUCUUCAUUUUAUGUUCCAAAGAUAACAUGAUCACACAUAGAUUUAUUAUUCCAACUUUCUCUGUUUCAUACAAGCAGAAGCCAUAUUGAAUGUGUCAAAAAUAGAAGAAGCUAAUAUUUCUAGUUAGCUGAACAAUGUAACCUCUAAUAAAUUAUCUGCCUCAUAUUAGAGUUUUCAGACUUUUACAAGACAGAAACUGUAAUGUCUUGUAACAUCCUAUUAUCCUGUUGGCAAACCAAGCUAACUGUCUUCUAACUAGCUGUAAGGCACACAUUUUCAAGUCUACUAGCUCAGAAAGCUGUUGAUGCAGGAAACAAAAAGGAAUGAAUCAUUAUUUCGCUGGUGUUUUCUGUUCCAGGCGAAAAUGUGAAACAAUACUGUAGCAGAUUACAGAGUCUGAACAGCUCUCGUUAGCAAAGCAAAGUCCUCUUCAUGUAUAAUAAUGUAGCAUUGACCGUUAGCACUAGCAUUGUUUAGUUAAAAAAGCCAAAUGAACACAUUGCAUAUUGAAAACCACUGCUAACAGCCUGUAGCCUGUUCUUAGAUACAAAACAUUUAUUACAUUUUCUAGCAAACUUUUCCCUUCUUUUAAUUGCAACAAACAAAGAAGAUUUCAAGUCAUAACUUGAAUUUGGGACCUAUACCAUACCCAAACUAUGUCUCAAUUGCAGGGAAAAAAACAAGCAGGAUUAAAUAAAUAACCCUGCUAGCUAUCAGUUAUCUAAACCAGUAACACUGAUUCAAACACUGAAGGAACAUGUUCACAAACAUAUUUGUGCAGUACUAAAUGUAAUUCAUUUAACAAGCUCAGAAGUGGAAAUAAACGGUUUAUUUAUGCAACUUCUAGUGUUUUAUGUGUCAGCAAAAUUGGAUAUUUAAACCAGGGUUGCUCUGGGGUUUUAGAUGUUGGAAUUCCAACUUCAGGGGGCAUGCAGCUGAUCUUUCUGAUUUGGAACCCAGAAAUUACACUUCCUAGUACAAAUGGAAAACAUCUAUUGUAGGUUUCAAACUGGCAAAUCCAGGUGGGCUUCCUAUAUAAUUCCUAAUUUAAUAUGUAUUUGUGGGGUCACAAUAGGGGCAAAUGGAGCAAUCAGGGGAACUAAUAUAUAUAUAUAUAUAUAUAUAUAUAUAUAUAUAUAUAUAUAUAUAUAUACAUACACACACACACACACACACACAAGCUGGCAUGGCUAUAGAGCCAGUAUGAAACCUGUCGAAUAUUAUGUGGGACCCAUUCACAUUAUAUUCUAACAGCAAUACAAUCUGGAGGAAGAUUUGUUUUCUACCCUGUGAUGGCACAGAUACCAUUUUUUACAUCACAUAUUUCUCUCUGCCUGACAUUUAUGUUUGCAUACAUUAAAACAUUGCUUGAACAAA